AUGGAUCAGCCAUUGGCGAACAAGCUCAAGGCUCGCCUAUGCAAAACCUACAUCACGCUUAACGAUCUUCACAAGGCCAUCGAGGUCGUGAAAGAUGAAAAAGAUCUGACACAAGAUACAUUAUCUCUCGGGCGCGCUGCUCGAAACGGAAUUACCUUCCAGACACUAGGGCCUAACUCUAACAAAGCAUCCAUCGAACAUCUCAAGAAGGUUGUCGACGUCUUGCCCAGAUUUAAGCCUCAGAUAUUGAGCAUCUAA